AUGUCUGACUCAAGUUUCGAGGAGUUUCUCCAAGAAGCAGCUUAUGAAUAUUUUUUAGAGCAAGACUCUUCUUCAUCCUCAGAUAAUCUAUACAAGCCAACUGACAAGUAUUCUUUAUUUAGCGAUCUUCUCCAAGACAAAUUCAUGCGAAUCCAUUCUCAAUUAUUUUCAUACAACAAUCAAGAAAAGCUCUUCAACAGCAAUGUAAAGAAGCUUCAAAAAGAAAUCUCUCAGCUAAGCCAGCAAAUUGAUAUAUCCGUCAAUGAAAGAGAUGAAGCACUCAAAUUAAAAUCUGAUGAAAUCGUAAAAAUCAAGGAAUCUGACCAGUACCAGAAAUUGGAGGAUGAAAAAGUACAGGGAGACACCCCUAAAUUAUCAUUUAAAAAAAAAAAUAAAAAAAAUCACUAGAAAAUCCAAAGGAAAUAGAAUAGACUUAGAAAACCAAAUAGUCAAAUACAAAAUUGCGCAAGCCAAUUUGAGGACUGAGCUGGAAGAAGUAAAAGACGAAAUCGCUGGAAUGCAAAAUUUUAUAAAGCUUAGAGACAAUGAAAUAAAAAAUCUGAAUAGAGAAUAUGAAAAAGUUAGCAAAGAUAGAGACCAGCUAUUAAGCAAAUUUAACGGAAAAGUACCAAGAGAUUUUAUAAGAGCGAAUACAGAUGUGUCAAGAAGAUCUGAUAGCAGCCGUGACUCAUUUUCAAUGAAAAAAGACAUAAAACCGUUCCCAAACAGCUCGUUCAGCUUUAACAUCGGGUUCAACUCCUCCUCGCGCCGAGGAACCGCAUCUCUUAACGCAUCUGCAUUAAACACUGACGGCACUUCUAGGAACUCUAACCGGUCACUUAAUACAUCUGCUUUGGACUCUAAUGUGUAUUAA